CACGGCACUCUGCUGCAUCAUGUCGACCCGCUGAGGCUCUUCUCGCUCGUCCCCCCUCCCCUCGCAGACAGCAUGUUUCCUGCUCGGUGUUCCUCCGGCCGGCGGCCCUCCCUCGGCCCGGUCCUGUGGCUGCUGGCCGGCUGCCUGCUGGCCGGGUCCGGAGCCCUGGAGGCGGGCAGCUCCGGCUCCAGCAGCAGCCUGUGGUACCAGGACCUGUGCAGUUAUAAAUGGGAAGCUAACGACGGCCUUAACAAAGUGAGCUACACGCUGAAGCUGUGCGAGUCUUCGCCCUCGACCGCCUGCGGCCCCGGCGCCGCCGUCUGCGCCCUGGACCUCGUCACCGGCACCAAACAGUCUGUGGGUGAGCUGUCGCUGCAGAGGCUCUCUGGCUCCGUGCUGGAUUUCAACAGCACAACGAAAUGUCCAGAAAACAACAACAACAUACAGACGAGCAUCAGCUUCCAGUGCGGGAAAACCAUGGGGACCCCGGAGUUUGUUGCUGUGUCCCAGUGCGUCCAUUACUUUGAGUGGAAGACGUUCAGCGCCUGCAAGAACGGCAAAUUCAAGCCGCACAAAGAGGUGCCCUGCUACGUGUUUGACUUGGAUGGGAAGAAGCACGACCUGAACCCGCUGAUCAAAGUGAACGAUGGUUAUCUGGUGGACGACGGAGACGACAACAUCGACUUCUACAUCAACAUCUGCCGCAGUCUCAACCAGGCAGAUAAACCCUGUCCCGAGGGCUCGGCUGCUUGUCUGGUCACCAGCCAGGGCUCCUUCAGCAUGGGCUCUCCCACCAGACCCCUGGAGCUGGUCGACAGCGACAGUCUGAGGUUGCAGUACGAAGUGAGCGCUGGUUCGACUCCUCCUGAGAUCUGCAAGGGACACAGUCCUGCCGUCACCAUCACGCUCAUCUGUCCGUCCAGCAGACAUUCAGGCAGUCCUCCGAAGAUGACGGCGGAGUCUCACUGCCGCUACGAGGUGGAGUGGGUGACGGAGUACGCCUGUCACAGAGAUUAUCUGGAGAGCUCCACCUGCAAACUGACCAGUGACCAACACGACAUCUCUAUAGACCUGACUCCUCUCACUCUGAGCUCCUCUGACCCGCAGUACUAUGCACAUUCUGAGGCCAGUGACGGGUCUGAAAACUACGUGUACUACCUGAGCGUGUGCGGACAGAUCCUCAACAAGGAAUGUGGCGAGGCGCCGUCCAUAUCGUCCUGUCAGGUGAAGAAGAACCCGCCCAUGAGCAAAGUGGCUGGAAGAAACAAGAACCAGACGUUACGUUAUUCAGACGGAGAUCUGACUCUGAUCUACCCGGACGGGGACAGAUGCUCCUCUGGAUUACAGAGAAUGACCAUCAUCAACUUUGAGUGCAGCAACAAUGCAUCCAACGGCGGCCGAGGGAAUCCCGUGUUUGCCGGAGAGACGGACUGCACCUACUACUUUGACUGGGACACGUCCUUCGCCUGUGUGAAGGAAAAGGAGGAUCUGCUGUGUCGGGUCAGAGAUGGAAACAAACACUACGACCUCAGCCCUCUCACAAGAUACCCUGAGACAGACGACAGUGGGAACUGGGAGGCGGUGGACGCUAACUCUCCAAAGCCGGACUCACGUUUCUACCUGAACGUCUGUCACAAAGUCGUCCAGACGGGAGGAGCCGUCGGCUGCCCGGUGAACUCCUCCAUCUGUGUCGUGGAUAAGGAUCAUGGGCCCAUCAGCCUGGGAAGCUUCCUCUCGUCGCCCCAGAAGACAAAAGUAGGGAACGACAUCCAACUGGUUUACACUGAUGGGAAUUACUGCAUCAAUAAAAAGACCCGGAUCCAAACUAUCCUGACCCUCAAGUGCAAACCAGGAGAUCUCGAGAGCGCUCCCGUCCUUCGCAGUGUUUCUAAUGACGGGUGCGUGUACGAGUUGGAGUGGUACACUGCCGCCGCCUGCGUGCUCUCGAAAACCCAGGGAGACAACUGCAAGGUGGAGGAUCCUCAGGCUGGUUUCUCCUUCGACUUGUCGCCUCUCUCCAAAAACGGAAGCUUCUACAACCUGACCAGUGGAAACUACGACUACUACAUCAACGUCUGUGGCCCGGUCAAAGCUGCAGACUGCCCAGGGAAGGCCGGAGCGUGCCAGGUUGAAAAGAGUUCGUGGAAUCUCGGGGAUGCAAACGCUCAUCUGUCAUAUUACGACGGCCUGAUCCAGCUGUCGUACACCAACGGCUCCCAGUACAACAACAAGGAACACACCCUCAGAUCCACUGUCAUCUCCUUCCUCUGUGAUCCAGAAGCAGGAGCUGGAAACCCCCAGUUCCAGGCCGAAGACAAGUACACGUAUAACUUCCACUGGUACACGUCCUACGCAUGUCCUGAAAGGCCCCACGAGUGUUUGGUGACAGAUCCCAACACUUUUGAGCAGUACGACUUAUCCAGCCUGUCUCGCUCCAGCACCAGUGACAACUGGCAGCCCAUGGAUUUGUCCGACCAGAAGAAAUACUACAUCAACAUUUGCCGGCCUAUCAACGCUGUGCUCGGCUGCGACCGCCAUGCGUCCGCCUGCCAGAUGAAGUUCGAAACCAAGCAGGGCUCCACCAAGGAAGUCGUGUCCAUCAGUAACAUGGGGAUUUCCAAGAGAGGGCCGGUCAUCGAGGGCCGGGACCGGCUGCUGCUGGAGUUCACCGACGGAUCCGUGUGCAUGUCCGACGGCCAGAAGCUCACCUACACCACCCGCAUCCACCUGGUCUGCUCCAGGGGGGCUGGGUCGACCGGCCCACGGUUCCUCAUGUACCAGAACUGUACGGCCAACUUCAUGUGGGAGACCCCGGCAGCCUGCGCCAUCAGAACCACCAAGAACAAUAGCUGCGCCGUCACAGACCCCAACACCGGCUUCGAGUUCAACCUGCAACUUCUGGCUUCAAAGACGGGAUACAAGACCACUGCAAACGGGAAGGACUUCCUGGUGAACAUCUGUGCAGAGGUGGCACAGUGUGGAGCUGGCAUGGCCGGCUGCGAGCUGGAGGAGGGGCGUCCCUCCAGCCCAGUGGGGGUGGAGAGGUCCCUCCAGUACUCCACCGAUGGGCUGCUCCAACUCACCUACAAGGGGCCGCUGGACGACCCCACAGCGACUCGAGAUACGUUCGCCAUCAAUUUCGUGUGUGAUCAGAACUCUCACCCGGGCUCGUUGAAACUGGUGCGAGAGGGUUUGAGCUCUCUGGCCACACACGUGGUCCACGACGUCCUGUUCGAGUUCUCCACCGCUCUGGCCUGUGUCCCUGCUCCAGUGGACUGCCAGUUCAGUGAUACUCAGGGUAAUAAGUACGACCUGAGUCACCUGACCCGGGACGGAGACGACAGCCCCUGGAUCGCCAUCGACACAGACUCGGCCAAAUCACGCAGCUUUUACAUCAACGUCUGCAAACCUCUGCCUCCCGUGAACAAGUGUCCAAUCGGCCCCUUGGGAGCCUGCGGUGUGAUCGAUGGUAAAAGUUACAACCUGGGAUACGUCCUGUCGACGCCACAGGUGGCCGAGGACGGCUCCAUCAGCGUCCUCUAUCAGAACGGAGACGUGUGCGGCGCCGGAUCCCGAUACUCCACACGCAUCAUCCUGCAGUGUGACGACAACCCGGGCUCGCCCAUGUUCGACCGUAAAGACGGUUGUGAAUACGUCUUCAUCUGGAGGACGUCUGAGGCCUGUCCCAUCAGGAAGUCUCAAGGUGACUUGUGUCGGGUUCGUGACCCAAAGAGCGGCUACGAGUUUGACCUGAGCUCUCUGAAGGGACGAGACUACUCGGUGAGGAGCGGACGGUACAUCUACCACCUGUCCGUCUGCCAGGGGCUCCAGAGAGGCGUCUGCACCAAGAAAGACACCGGCAGCGAGACAGUGUCCUCCUGUCAGGCGGAUGGAGACCAACACAUGAUCGCAGGAAUGGCAAACCAGAUUCUGAGCUAUGUGGGAGACCAGCUGAUCCUGAACUACACCAACGGAGACACCUGUCAUAAGAUUUACCAAAGAUCCACAGAGAUUUACUUCUCCUGCCACCCCGACAGACAUCCGGGAGCGCCACAGUUUAUCAAGGAGACUCCAGACUGCACCUACCUGUUCAGCUGGCCCACGGCUCUGGCCUGCGUCCCGUUCAGAACCACCAGCUGCUCCUACAACGACGGUCACGGACACUCGUACGACCUCUCACCUCUGGCGUUGGACUCUGGGAACUGGGAGGUUGAGUCCUCGUCUGUGGACACGAGGAAUCGAUUCUACAUCAACGUCUGCAGGACGCUGACACAGCAGGGAGGUUCCUGGAAGUGUCCCUCCAGUGCAGCGUCCUGCAUGAAGACGGGAGAGGACUAUGUGAGUCUGGGGCAGGUGGAGUCUGGUCCCACGUGGGACGGGAACGUCCUGAAGCUGCAGUACAGCAGCGGACAGAUGUGUCCCGACGGACAGCGCAACAGGACCAGCAUCGUCCGCUUCAAGUGCGACAAAGACCGAGUGGACUCCCGGCCCACGAUGAUCUCUGCCCUUGAGGACUGUGUUUACACCUUCCUGUGGCUGACAGCUGCUGCCUGCCCGCUCAACAGCAGUCAGCACGACGACUGCAAGGUCACCAACCCAGCUACAGGUCAUCUGUUUGACCUGAACGCCCUGACGAAGGAAGGCGGUUACACGGUCUACGAUCCCCAGGAUCAAAAAAAGAUAAUCCGCAUGAACAUCUGUGGAAACAUGGCCAACGCCGGCUGCAGCCCUGAAACCGCCGUGUGCAUCAAGGAGACCAGCACAGCGGCGAGCGGCGGUCAGGUGAGCAGGAAGCUGUCGUACAGGGAUCAUGUCGUGGAGCUGACGUAUGAAGGAGGAAGUCCGUGCCCGGCAAACCCCGAACUCAAGCACAGCAGCAUCAUCCACUUCAUCUGCAGACCCCCGAACAUGGGCUCAGCCUCCGCGGAGCCGGUCCUCAUCGACUCCGAUGCCGAGACCUGCACACACUUCUUCUCCUUCCACACGCCGCUGAUCUGUGAACAGCCUGUGACGUGUUCGGUGCAGAACGGCUCUGCUCUGAUAGAUCUGACUCCUCUGAUUCACGUCAAUGGAUACUACACGGCCACAGAUGAGGCCCAGGGUCAAAAGGAUGGAGGGUCAGACUUUUACAUCAAUGUCUGUGUGCCUCUGAACCCAAUCCCCGGCGUCACCUGUCCUCCUGGAUCUGCCGUCUGUAUGGAUCCUGAUGACGGACCACCAAUUGAUAUCGGGCGAACUACCAAAGGCCCGGAGAUCGACAGCUCCAAAGGGGACGUGACCAUCACCUACCACAGCUCCACCAAGUGUGCAGAGGACCCGUCACAGAACUACUCUUCCACCAUCAUCUUCACCUGCCAGAGAGGCCUGGACCUGGGUUCUCCACGGAUGGUCAAGCUGGAGUGCGUCUACCUGUUUACGUGGGCGACGCCUGUGGUCUGUCCAGAUGCCACCAACACCAGCGGCUGCCAGCUCACCGACUCCCAGCUCAAGUUCACCUUUGACCUUUCGGGCCUUUCUGCUGAAGUCCAGGUGCCAGGACUUUCCAGCAUCUACCACAUCAGCGUGUGCGGCUCGGUGGCGGAGCCGGCCUGUAAGAACGCCGCGGUCUGCCUCGUGUCCGGCUCCGGCUCGGACGCCUCGGCCUCGUCGUUCGGCAUCAGCAAGGCCAUGACCAUGGACUACAAACACGAGGAGCAGGCGGUGCUGAUGCAGUACGGAGGAGGAGACCCCUGCCCGCCAUUGACCACUGAGGGUGAGGCGUGUGUGUUCCCCUUCAUUCUCAUGAAGAAGUCGUACACAGAAUGCACCAAAGAUGGAAGGACAGACGGCAGGAAGUGGUGCUCCACCACCGCCAACUAUGACACGGACAGGAAGUGGGGCUUCUGCGUUCCAGCCUCGGCUAAACGUCAGUCGUCCAUCUUGUUCACCUGUGACCAGUCGGCGGGCCACGGCUCUCCUCAGCUGCUCUCAGAGACGGCCGGUUGUUCCGUCACUUUCCAGUGGAAGACCAACGCCGUUUGUCCCCCGAGGAAGAUGGAGUGCAAGCUGGUCAGCCAGCAUAAGACCUUCGACCUCCGAGCCCUGUCCUCCCUCACCGAGCCGUGGAAGUUCAGCCACAAGGGAGAUUCGUAUUACAUCAACCUGUGCCAGGGGAUCCACGGUGGUUUACCAGCUUGUCCAGAUGGAGCGACCGUGUGUCGCCACACGGCAGCAGGACGGACUGAGACCCUCGGUCGAGUUUACACCCAGAAGAUGAGCUACUCUGAAGGAAAGAUCUCCGUCAGUUACUCGGCAGGAGACCAUGUCUGUGAGAACGGCGUGCAGGCGAAGACUGUGAUCCAGCUGAGCUGUGGCUCCACUGUCGGACACCCAGCACUCAUCAGUGAGGACCAGGCGUCCUGUGAGUUUGUGUUUGGCUGGGAGACUCGCUCGGCGUGUGCGGUGGAGCAGCGGGAGGUGGAGAUGGUGAACGGGACGAUCCAGGUUCCGGACACCGGGGCCAGUCUCAGCCUGGGAUCCCUCUACUUCAGCCAACAUCAGGCGUCUGGAGACAUCCGUCCCAACGGCGACCGUUACAUCUACCACAUCCAGCUGUCCGGCAUCACCAACAACUCCCUGGCCAAGUGCCUGGGCGCCAACAUCUGCCAGGUGAAGCUCAACACGGCCUACAGGCGCAGGAUCGGCUCCUCCAGCAAAGCCAAGUACUACAUCCAAGGAGGAAACCUGGACGUGAUGGUUCCCUCGGAGUCGGCGUGCGGCCGCGAGAAAACCAAAAUGGUGUCGUCCACCAUCAUGUUCCACUGUAACCCGGGGGCCGGCGUGGGGAUCCCGGAGUUCAUGAUGGAGACGGACGAGUGCCAGUAUCUGUUUGUGUGGCACACGAAGGCUGUGUGUAAUCUCACAACGGUCGAUGCGAAGUCGCACGAUGACGACGAUGACGAAGGCAGCGCGGGUCAAGCCGUGUCCAGGCGGAGUCAGGCGCUCGGGCUGCUGCUGAGCCUCCUGCUGGUGGGCGUGUCCGUCUGUGUGCUGGGGCUCCUGCUGCACAAGAGAGAGAGAAGGGAGCUGGUGAUCCAGAAGGUCUCCGGCUGCUGCAGAAGAGGAAACCAGGUCGCGUACAAAUACUCGAAGGUGAACAUCGAUGACGAAGCGGGCGAGGAGGAGAUGGAGUGGCUGAUGGAGGAGCUGGAAGCCCCGCCCACCACCUCCUCGUCGUCCCACCGGGGCAGGGGUAACCAAGGCAACGGCCACAUCACCACCAAGGCGGUGAACACGGACGCCCUCCGCUCGUUCACGCUGGACGAGCAGGAGGACGACAGCGAGGACGAGGUGCUGAGCGUGCCGGGGGUGCAGGUGAUGAAGGCCAAGAGCUCGGCGGCGGCGGCUCACCGCAGCAUCUUCCUACAGGAGGAGAGCGACGAGGACCUGGUCGGACUCCUGGACGACUCGGAGCGGAAGAGGAAGAGCGGCAGGCCCCGCCCCUCGGGCCGUAACCACGGCAACAGCACGGCGGCCAACAUGAAGCGGGACGAGGACGACAGUGACGAGGACCUCCUCAGGGUGUGAUGUCACUGCCUCACCCCCCCCCACACUCCGCUCUGUCCCUCCUCCUCCUCCUCCGUCCUGUCUGAACUCUUCUCGCUCAGUGAAUGUUUCCAUCACAGCAACACAACAACACAACAUCACAACAACACAACAACACAACAGUGAAAAGAACCCACAACAUCUUGAAAUCAGUUGUUUUUUUUCGGACUGCACCUUUUCUUUACUCCUCUGUCCACAGCUCGUCCAUCGGUUCCUUAUUUAUUGAAAGCUGAUUGUUUAAAGUGUUGACCUGAACUCUGUCUUUUCACUUCCUGUCACCGCAGCUGCGUCCGCCCCCCCCCCCCCCCCACACACACACACACACACGUGUCCGACCGGCCAGUUCAGACUCAUCAGAUCAACCCAGGGCACAAAAAACACCUUUUCAAAAUGUAUUGACUCUGCAGAGAGACACGUCAGGGAAAAGAUUCAAGUGAAGAUUAAAUUAUAUUAAAUACUUGUAUAUUAGUGUUUUAAAAAGAAAAGGCUGUGCCGUCGCUUUUUGCACUUUACCGUAGCACUGAUGACCUGGAAGUGAUCCCUUUCUUUGCAGAGUGGGCAACAAUACAUUUACUACUUUGAGGGGUUGAUUCAUAGUUUGGGUUUUUAAUGACCUUUGGGAACUUGUUAGAAAACCAAGCUGGAGCUCUGGGGCCAUAUGAGGAAAACAAGAAGACGAGAUUUCGAGGAUAACGUUGUAGUUGAGAAGAAAACCUGAAUGUGAAGUUGAUAAAACAACUUUAUUCUCUAAAUCUCGGAUGUUUCUUCUCUCGUGGCCGUAAUAAUCUGUCGUGGGAAACGGCGGUGAAACGGAAGCAAACAGCAGGAGUGUGGUUCGGGUUUCAGGACGUCCCCUCGUGUCUCUAAAGGGAAAGAAGACGCCCGCUUGUCUUCUCGCUGUUUACAGUUGCUAUAAUAGCAGAUCUUUUUCUCUUUCUUUCCCACGUGAAAAGAAAGCGUGAUGCCUUCCUUAAUGAUGAAUUUACUUUUGCAUCUCCAUCAGUGAAUCAUCUCCAGCGACAGAUUGAUUUGUGAGACGUUGUACAUAAGACGAUAAUGUUCAAUAAUGUGGAUUUUUGUUUUCUGUUUUUCGUUUGUCCUCACCGGUGAAAUGCUCACACGUUUGUUUUUAUGAUUAUUUGAAUGUCGGAGCUGAUUUUCUGUCGGUGUCUCUGUUCUGUGUGGAACUAGCGACGGCCUUAAGUGUGAAUGGACGGGCGGUGGAAGGUUGAAAGUGAAACGAGAGAUGUUAGUUUAGCUCGUGUUGGUUUUCUGAACUCCCGCUAAAGCCAUAUUCCAUCAGCCACAAACGAAUGGAAGUAGUUUUUCUUUAUUUUUUUGUCCGCUUGCACACGAACGGCUCAGUUUCCAUAUCCAGGUCUGUGAUGGUGGACGUGUCACAAGUGAAGUUUGAACUCGUUAAAGCCAACGUUUGUGCUGAAAUCUGCCCUUUGUUUUGCCAAAUGCAUGAAAUGAUAACACAAAAUGAAGAAGUUCAACAUAAAUAUAUCCAGACAUGUACAUUUAACACCGUUUUCUGCUUAAUUACAUCAAAACCAAUGUUUCCUCAAAGGAUCCAGGGCUCAGCUAUUCAGGUUUAGUUAUUUCAUUGAUUCCUGAAUCUCACACUGACUGCAGUGGUUCCUCAUAGUGAAGAGGAGUGAACCUGCACAGUAUAAAGCAUGGACUGGGAAUAGGCCACCAGGGGGACAUCAGGACGCUGGGGCUUCACUUUGUGGAGCCGUCAUAUCGUCCAUCUUUAUUUCCAGAGUUUGGUGUAAGCACAGUAUCUCCGGUGCCGUCCCACUUCCUUCUUCUUUUCAUUUGCCUCCAGGACCGACUUCAAGGUGGAAUCACAGACUUAGAAUUUGAAUUCACACAAACUCGGUGAAAGACGGUUGUGUAGAUGAGGAUGAAAUGUGCGAUGGUACGAAGGGCAUGAGGUUAAAUCUCAGUUUUCAAAUCCACAGAAACUCAAGUUAUUAACAGACAUGUGAUGUCAUCUCUAAAAUAUCUAAUCAAUCACCAUUCAGGGUAUUUCUAAAGCUUUAUACGCAAAUUUGUUAAACACAUUUUUUGUAAAAUGUCCAAAAACUCUGACAAAAUAACAAAAAAAAACAAGCUUUAGCAUUGUUAACAUCGGUAUUUUAUAUGGAUGAGUUUGGGUUGUGCCAUAAGAGGGAAAUUUAAAAACACAAAUAUAAAACUUCAUAAUUUUUCAGUCCCUCUGCUGCAGGAAGUCACCGAUGAUUCACGAUCACAUAAUGAAAUUAAUCUUUUUUUUUUUUUUUUACAUCUCGUUCUAAAAUCUCACUCGUCAUGUUUUCUGUUAAUAAUCGUCAGGAUCAGUCGAAUGAUUUUGCCGCUGAUCUGAAGUUAUGAAGUGUUUAACGGGUACGUUUUCAAAAAGCCAAACAAAAAAACCAGAACCUAAAUAUGAUUGUCGAGCAAACAGUUGAAAAUGAAAUUGAGCCUGUUGCUCUCGGACCUUAUUGUUUUAAACAUUUGUAUUUAUUCAACUUCACGAUCUGGUGUUUUCCACUUUGUGACUCAUCUCUCCUGAGGAGACGUGGUAGCACUCCUCAACUUCUCCAUGUUCCUGCUGUUUCUACCCUUCUCUUCUCGUGAAGAUGUGAACGGACAUUCUUGUGCUUUUUCUCUGAUGGUCACUCCAGCAGAGACGUUUUGUUUUGUUUUGUAAAACUAACAACAACAAACUAAAAAAAGCCCCCAAGAUAUUUUCUGUGAUGAUUCUGGACGACGGGAGAUUCUUGUUCUGUUUUGUUCGCUGUAAGUUCUGUUGUCUCGUAUGUUUUUUUGUUUUUUCAGCUCUUUGCCCGUUUUCCUAUUUAAAAGUGUCGAUGUAAAAAAUAUUGCAUUACUUGAAUAAAUAAGAGAUCUGCUGUUUA